AUGGCUAGGCCUAACAGAGUGAGAAUGAACAAAGAUGUAACAGAAGCAAUUCAGAAGGUUGCUGCUGCUUAUGACUGCAAAAUUGUUGAAGGGGUUCUCAGUCAUCAGCUUAAACAGUUUGUGAUAGAUGGAAACAUCAUAUUGAGUGUGGGUAAUCCAGAGACGAGGGUUGAUGAUGCAGAAUUUGAGGAGAAUGAAGUUUAUGCAAUAGAUAUAGUCACAAGCACAGGUGAUGGCAAGCCUAAGCUGUUGGAUGAGAAACAAACGACUAUUUAUAAGAGAGCUGUGGACAAGAAUUAUCACUUGAAGAUGAAGGCGUCUAGAUUUAUUUUUAGUGAAAUUAAUCAGAAAUUUCCAAUUAUGCCAUUUACUGCAAGGGCUUUAGAAGAGAAAAGGGCUCGCUUGGGACUUGUGGAAUGCGUUAAUCACGACCUAUUGCAGCCAUACCCUGUUCUUCACGAGAAGCCUGGUGAUUAUGUUGCUCAUAUCAAAUUCACUGUAUUGCUAAUGCCAAACGGGUCAGAUAGAAUCACAUCUCAUUCUGCACAAGAGCUGCAACCUACUAAGACAGUAGAUGAUCCUGAAAUCAAGGCCUGGUUGGCUUUGGGUACAAAAACAAAGAAGAAAGGUGGUGGGAAGAAGAAGAAAGGUAAGAAGGGUGACAAACCUGAAGACUCGACUGAAGCCGAACCCAUGGAUGCGUCAACAAACGGUGGUGCAUCCCAAGAAUGACCCUAAUGCCCCUUUCUUUGAAAUUUUGGUAUUUUGUUACUACCUUUGUAUCUGGUUGUUUACGGGUUGAAUUUAAUAUAGUGCUUAGACAUUGAUUCUA